AAUCAUGUUGCAGCUAAGAGACUUCGUAGUAGCUCCAUAGACCUUGAACGCCAGGGCUCACACUCCUUAAGUCUCCAAUAAAUAUUUUUAUAACUGUUUGCUUUAAUUGAGCUCCGUUCUCGACGUCUGUGGAAAUGUUCAACAGUCUUACCAGGGACUUUGAAGAGGACCCGUUCUUCUCCUCUACAAGGGAUCCAUUCCAGGCUCAUAAUGACCGCGUGAGACAGAUGAUGCGCAGUUUUUCCGACCCGUUCGGCGGCAGCCCCUUCAUGUCCAGCCUGACAGACUGCAGGGAGCAGAGACGAGGGUCCGCUGCCCCCCCAGGCACCUCUCUGACUCUCAGAGACGAGCACCGGGACGCGGACGUGAGGAACCCCUUCAGCAUGCUGGACAACAUGAUGCUCAACAUGAGGACCCGCAUGGACGACAUGCACAAAAACUUUGAUAACCUAUCCACAGACUCCAGCAACCCGAAUAGCCACUCGUUCAGCUCCUCGUCGGUCACCACCUAUUCCAAGGUGGGCAACGAGCCUCCCAAGGUGUUCCAGGCCUCUUCGCAGACUCGCAGAGCCCCCGGAGGGAUCACAGAGACCCGGCGAGCACUGAGGGACUCUGAGAGCGGCCUGGAGAAGAUGGCCAUUGGUCACCACAUCCAGGACCGGGGACACGUGGUGGAGAAGAAGCACAACAAGAAGACCGGCGAGAAGGAGCUGAACCAGGACUUCCAGAACAUGGAUGAAUCCGAGGCGCAGACUUUUGACAAGGAGUUUCAGUCUAAGCUGACUCAAGGCCAGCCUUCUGUCCCCAUAUCGCGCCUGGAGGCCCCCAGGGCCCCCCGGGCUGUGCACCAGGCAGCCCUCACCGCAUCUGAACCCCCCCACAGGGAGAGGAGAGUGCACGUAGCCGAAGGGAAGAAGCAGGUCCACUGCGACAAAGGGAAGGGCUCAGGUGUGGCCCAGCCAUAAGGAAACCUGUCAGGCCUCAUUCUCAUACCACCUAAACAUGGAAACUUACAACCUUGUGCUGCACUCUCACGCACACGUGUACGUUUGUCUCGCCAGCCAGUAGCACAGACAGUAGAGGGCAGUGACGUAACGUUUGAAAUGCUCUAAAUGUAGACGUUGUUGCUUUCAGCUUUAUGCACUCACAUUAUCGAACAAACAACUGCAAAACAUGUAUUUAUUUUAAAGACACUCUUGAGUUUAAACAGAACAAUAAGCUAACCUUUAUCCCAAUAUCAUUUCAUAAAUCCCACAGUAGAUUUAGUGACUUUAUUUCACAUUCUGUAUAUUGCAAUACUUUCAUUCAUAUUUUCCAGAUUCCGUUGUCAAACUAUAGUGAUUGCAUCAACAGCCAUUUAUUUUAAUUGUCACUGACUCACUUAAAGUCCACUAGUGCACUUACACUGUCUAAAUUGUCUAUUGUAAUUAAGUGUAAUGCCUGUCUCAAUGUUAUCUGCUGUAAUCUUUGUAAAAAAAAUGUUAUGAAUGCUACCCUUUUUAUAUGGUUACUGAAGAGCAUGUCUGAGUUUCUCUCUAGAUGAUAUGCUCAGUGCUGCAAAGCAAUUCUUAAGACGGUCAUAUUUGGAAAUUUUUCAGUUUUACGUGUAACUAUUGUCUACUAGCUAUUUUGAAGCUAUAUAGAUUCUCUUUACUAUGGCAACUGAAACAGAUCUCGAAUAAAACAUUUUUAAACGUAGUUUACCUGAUUAAUAUUUAGUUAAUAUGCAAUUAAUAUAAUAUUUCAUGUUGACAAAUUGUUCUUACAGUUCAUAGUUUGGAUUUAUGCUGACCAUUUACACUAUCAUUUAUAAUGCAUUCAUCCCCACCUUUAACUUGAAACAUUAGAAGCAUUUGCAAAUGUUCACCUUUUUUUAAAAAACAAAUAAGAGCACAAUCUCAUUGGCUUGUUUAGGAGGUGCAGUCUUUUCCAGGGUUUAUGCGGUACUGCAGGUCAGAGUGAUCUCUGGCUCCCCCUGUAGUCCAUCGUGAUAGGACUUGCAGCUAGAGACUUCUUUAGACAACUCUGUCUAAUAGGAUGUCCCCAGGAUGAUGCAGUUUUGACUUAAUUAACUUAAUUUUGAGAGAAAUUAUUCAUACAUCAGCAAAAAUAUAGUUAAGAUAAUUGCACCAUAGUGAGAGGCAAACUACCUAGUCAGAAUAUAAGGUUUAGGCCUAAAUAUAACUUUCAAUAGGAUACACCAUUGAAAAAUAACUUGUAGAAAUCCCAAUCAGGUUUUAUUCAUACAAAGGUGCUUCUACAAAAUAUUUAGACGAGUUGCAAUGCAAGUAGCAAAUUAAACGGUACUGCUACCACCUGCUGGUCAUCUUUGGAAAUUAUACUAUUUACACAUAAAACAACCAUAUAACUUACAAAAAAAAAACAAAGGCAUGGUAGGCCUGUACAUGGAGGAAUCUCAAUCACUAAUACUUCCAGAUAGCCUUUGAUCCAAUGUAAAAAAUAAAAAUAAAAGUAUCUGUUCUUCACUCGACCAACUGUGAU